AACGAUUCACUGGUAAAAACGGGCUUCACAUCUGCAUAGUAAGCCCAAUCUCUAACUCCUUGUUUUCUUUUUCAAGACGAGAAAACACAGUCAGUUGUGCUAUGAAUGCAUCAUCUGCACGGUUUAUUAAGCCUGUUCUGUAUGGGUACUUCAGAAGUUCUUGCUCCUGGAGAGUCCGGAUUGCAUUUGCAUUGAAAGGCAUUGAGUUUGAGCAAGCACCAGUAAAUCUUAUCAAGGAUGGUGGGCAACAGCGCACAGAUCAAUUUAAAGAAUUAAAUCCAAUGCAACAAGUGCCUGCGCUUGCCAUUGAUGGCAUCACUUUGUCUCAGUCGUUGGCUAUUAUCCAGUACAUUGAGGAAACUCGGCCAGGGCCCCGCCUUCUACCUGCAGACCCAAAGCAGCGCGCUAAGGUCCGCAUGAUCUGUGACAUCAUCGCCUCUGGGAUCCAGCCCCUUCAGGUGAGUUCGAAUCUGUAUGUGAUUCAGAAAAUUGGUGCAGAAAAAUUACAGUGGGCUCAACAUUUCAUCAACAGAGGAUUUGAAGCCCUAGAGCCUAUCUUGAAGCAGACAUCUGGAACAUACUGUGUAGGUGAUGAGAUAUCCAUGGCAGAUAUUUGCCUUGUGCCCCAGGUCUACAAUGCUGAAAGGUUUAAGGUGGACAUGACCCCUUUCCCUACUAUCCAGAGGUUAAACCAGAUCUUAAUGGAAAUUGAGGCUUUUAAAGCGAGUCAUCCAUCUUGUCAGCCAGACACUCCUGAUGACAUGUAAAAAUAACAUUAUAAAGAUUUUUACAGGAAAAAUCCCUUCAAUAAACAUUUGUGAGGAAAAAAAGA